AUGUCAAAAACUCGACUAAGGCCCUUGAAAAUACCAUCGGAAGCAGCCGUUGCUAGUCUACUUAUCACUCCGCAUUGGAAUCGCUUUGCUGGCGAUCCUGACAGUGAACUAAAGCGGAAGAACAUUAACGAAAAGGACAACAACAAGAAGAAAUCAGACAAAAUUUCGAUGAAGCAAAGGCUAGAGGAGGCAACAGGCGAGGAAGUUGUUGCCGUCGGCCCUGCUCUGGCGGUGGCCGCUUCUUCUCCUCCGGAUGAGCCCAAUGGCCCCGAGGUUGACGGCGCCGAAAUCAACGACAUCGAAGGCAGCGAGAUCGGAAGGAGCGACACCGAAAGUAUCGACCCCGAAGAAAGUGACACGGAGAACGAUGCUACGGGCGAUAGCGACGACGAAGGGCAAGACACCCUCGGACUGGAGUCUGGAGAUGACGGUGUUUUUGACCCUGAAGACGAAAGCGUGCUAGAAGAUAUUGACGAUGCGGAUGUGUUCGAGGUUGAAGCGACCGAGACAGAUGGUCACGAUUCUGCGGAGCAAAGUGUGGUGGACACUCGGACUGCUCCUCAAGACGAUGAGAAGAUCCCUACUCCUUAUGUCGAAACACCUGGUUCAGAUCGGAAACGCCUCCCAGAUGCGCCGGGUACCUACCUAGUUGUCCUUUACUCCAAGGCCCAUUCCAGCUGCCGGUUCUGCUCCGUAGGGCGAAGCAUAAACUGA